AUGAGCCGCAUGAACCAUCCCCACCCUGUGCACUCCGGUGGCCUCUUGUUCAAAGCUUCUUCGCUUCUCCAGAGUCCUGAACUGCUGCCUCCUAUUUCUAUGUCAGACACGAUGUCGUCACGAACCCCGUCGGUGUGUUCGACGCGUCGCAGCAGCGGUCUUUCUCAUACAGGCUCCGUCCAUCUGGUUCGCCUGGGUUCCCACCAGUCGUCUAAUCUGGCCCGGAAAGAGGGACUUCACGUACUUUCCGUGGACUCCACGGGGAUUCUGCUGUCGGGUCAGUCCCAGACCACUCCCACAGACUUAGGCAAGGAUCGGAUCGAUCCUACGGUCAUGCCGCGGGAAUCACUAUUGGCCCACCAACUGCAUUCCAAAGACAUCAAUUUCCAAGAACAUCAAAAUUCCUACUUGAACUCUUACAAAUUAAACCUGAAGUAUGAGGAUUUAUACUCGGAUUACUUGCUGGUGGCACCUGACGUGGUGCCGGGCUACUCUCUUCUUUCACCUGUGGCAUCUGACACACUGAGCAGCUUGCUUUUUUUUGCUUCCCAGGACGGUACUGCCAACAGGGUUGUCAUACGUCUUUCCCCCAACUACCUAGAAUCUGCGCAUGUUGCCCGAUUUCUAAAUGAGUGGCAUGCGACAUCGGGAAUAAACCCGACGUCAAAACACCGCUUAUGGGGAAACAGCGAGUUGCACAACCAAUUCAUUGGAUCGGACUCUGUGCAUGUUACAGACAAAACGCAACGUAAUAUGUUGAAACAACCUCUCACACUUCCUAAAGGCUUACUGGGUGUGCUUUAUCCGUAUCAGGUGCUCAAUAUUGAGCCCACCAAGGAAAACAUACAACAGCGUCGUAUGGCAAUGAUAUACGAAGAUCAUGGCUACCAAAAUAUCCGUGACUACUACUAUGAGAAAAGCAGGCACUUCAGAACGGAAACAGCAUCCCUCCGAAGUGGCAGCGCACGCUCUGUUUUUUCCGAAUUGUCUGCGUCCGAUGCACCUUUGCGUGAUCGGUUGCGUCAGAACGUUGCAUUUGAUGAAUUGGCAAAUCGCAUAGCACAGAGUCCCAAAUCACCACAAACAGUUAUUAGUAUUUUGACUGAUCUCGUUUAUGUUGUCAACGUCAUCACGACAUGCCACGAGCUUGGUGUUGUACACAAUGGAAUCACGAGUCACAAUAUUCUUCGAGCUAAUAUUGCGGAAGGAUCAGUAUCUCCUUUGGCCAUUACAGGAUGGGAUUUCUCAUUUACCAUUUCUGCAGAAGACUCGUCACUGAGUUUUCGCAAAAGCAAUUUGUCUGAUAUCUCUGAUUUGCUUCCCUACAUGUCACCAGAGAAUUUGGGCGAAAUAACAGCUCUUGUUGACUAUCGUGCAGAUUUCUACUCUCUUGGUAUUGUUCUCUAUGAGCUCUUGGUCGGUUGUUUACCUCUUCAAUCAGACAAUCCGACACGUUUGAAAAAGAUGAUAUUUGUACAGAGACCGAUUGCACCUGUCAUAUUGGGCUCGCAGUGGAUCAACCAGAAAUUGAGUGAUAUUACCAUGAAAUGCUUAGAAAAAGAUCCCGGAAAAAGAUACCAAGACGGAAACAGCUUAAUGAAGGAUUUACAGGACGUAAUCAACGACUAUAUUCCAUUGACUAGCCGAAACUCCUUGAAUCAUGACCUGAGAACAGUCACUAUUGAUGAAACAAAAAUAGGUAAAGUGCCUUUUUUCCUCACCAAUUUCAUUAAGAUUGAGGAUGAAGUUCGAAGAGAUAUUCAGAAAUGUUUUAAUGCGCAUGAUGAAGGCUUGCAGUACCUUAUGGUGACGGGAGAGUCAGGUGUAGGUAAGUCUACGAUUAUUCAAGCUCUCAAAGUACUCGCAGUAUCUAAAUUCAAUUACGUGAUUCACUGGAACUAUAACUGCACAGAUAUGAAAGUGUCAAAGUACGCUUUCCUCCUCAACGGAAUUCAUUCCAUCAUAGGACAAAUAUUAGCUUCAUCCAGAGAAACAAUUUCAGAGUGGAGACACAUUUUAGCAACUGAAGUCGACACCGAUGUCAGUGUGAUGUUUGAUGCCAUCCCCAACUUGGAGAUUUUAAUGGGUCCUCGUUACAGUGAUUUGUUCAGCAAGAAGCGAAGCAAAGCAUCGUAUUCGUUUUCAGCAGGUAUAAGAAGCACUGAAGAUGAGACAGAUCAAGAACUGCUUCGGAAAAACCACACGUACCUUCAGGUGAAACAUUUUGAUGAACGGUCUUUGAACAUUGAGCUCAAGUACAAGUAUAUCAUAAAAAAGAUCUAUAGCAUCGUUGCCAAUCGAGGCUUGACCAUCAUAUUGGAUGACUUGCACUGGUGUUCACUCACAGAAGUUUUGCUUUUGCAAGAAGUCAUGGAAUACUGUCUUUUGGAAAAUGCGUCAACCAGCAUCAGCAUCUUAUGUGCCUAUAGGACAAGCCCUCCAGAGUCCACCAACGACAAAUAUGAAGUUGAACUCUCUAGGUUAGCAUCUUUGUUCCAGUCCCAGAAUGCCCUGUAUCACGAGUUUUGCUUGAAGCCAUUACAUUUGAAACAGUUUUCCAAAUUUGUUGACCGAUCUAAAUUCUUGAAUUUACACGAUUCGACGAUUGAGAAAAUACACAAAGCUACUGGGGGAAACCUUCUUCAGUUAGAGUACUUCACCAGAUGGGUUCGUUUACUUCACCCGAUAGGGAAAGCUGAUUUCAAUGAGGAAAAAGAAAGUCUUCGUUUGUUGGCUGAUAUUCCCGUAAUUUUGCCAAGUUUUUUUGAGCUUUGCAUUACUAACACAGCUAGAAGUCUUCUUAAGUUUGCUUCAAUAAUAGGUACCAAUGGUAACUUUCGAAUUGCAGAUCUAUUAAUUGUUAGCGGUUUAUCGCUUACUGAAGUUUAUGAACUGAUACAACUAUGUCUAGAAACAAGGGUGAUAAUUCCUUCUGGAAUCUAUUACAAAGUGCCUUUACAUUUGAUUACUAGGGAUGACUUUCCAUUUGAUAUAAGUGAUUCCAUUGUAUGGGAAUUAGCGACUGAAUCAAGCUACCAUUUUGAUCAUGACCUAAUUCAGAUUUAUCUUUUGAAAGAGAUGCAAGAUUCAGGGGAAUUGGAGAAUCUUCGAAGACUAUGUGGGUUGCGGUAUUUCAAAAAACUAUCCGGCGAACACAAUACUAAUAUCAACGAUUUUUUGAUAAUGGCUAACCAUUUCCUUCAUUCGUGCGCUGUUGCAAAAGAAGAUGAGACGGAUAUCUAUUACGAGGCCUUGAUUAGUGGGGGAAAGUUUGCUAUCUCGUCCUCGAAUGCUGAACUUGCUCUCAUAUUUUUCGAAGCAUCUGCUCAGUUCAUCAAAGCAGACGACCAAGAAAAGCAAAUCAGAAAUAUGCUUACUGUUUGCCAUAUAAAUUAUCUUUUGAAGCGUUAUAACACUUGUAUCACGCUUAUUCAAGAGGCUGAUAGAAUUUUUGGAAAGGAAAGUUCAACUUUCUUAUAUCUCAAGAUCAAAUGCUUAUUUCAACUGAGAAAUUUCAAAUUAGGUCUCAGGAAAACCUUGGAUGUAUUGGCAUCUCUUGACGUUGAAGUCUCAAUUGAUUUCAAAGAAUGCAAUAGAAUUUCCGAAAAGUUCUUUCGAAAGACACCAUUCUCUAUUGCGGAUAUAAGGAACAUGAAACUCCUUCAAGCUGCAACAAGCAAGAAAUUUUUGUUGAUAGCUGAUUUGAUACUGGAAGCAAUAGGCCCAACUUAUGUCCUUGGUUUGUCAAGUCUUCGUUUGGCCCUUUUGACACAAUUGAUCCUGUUAAUGCUUAAGUUUGGAACAAGUAGUUCAUGUAUUGUACCUUUACUCCAUCUUGGAAACUAUUUUGCCCAACGAAACAAAAACAGGAACAUAUUGAAGACCAAAGAACUUGGCGAGGUGGCUAUUGCGAUUCUGAGGGAUGACAAACUCUUCAGUUCUUACGUUAAUGAGCAGAUUAAUGAAGCCUAUAACAUGUUCAUGGCUAUUUUCAAAGAAAAUAUUAGCACGCAUGCGGAUCCUGAAUCACUCUAUCGCUUAUUUGGCACUGGAAUCGUGGAAACAUGCGACACCGCCAUGUCUCUCAUGGUAACUAUGUCACAAAUCAGCAUUUGUCUUUCACUGGGAGGUAUCUCUUCAAGAUAUCUCAAACUGAUAAAGAGACGCAAAGUCAAUUUCGAGACAGAUGAUGAGAAUUUGGUUUUUCAGAAUGCUAUUAAACUCUGGUUUGGUGAAAUGCCAUUUGAAGAUUACAAAACUCAGUUUAGCCAUUUUAAAUCCCUCAAAAGGUACGAUUUGGAGUUCAUCUAUCUAGCUCAGGCUGUUCUAUGGUGCUCUUCAGCGGGAAAACACAAUGAGGCUUCUGAGGUUAUCUUAAAGAGAGCAUCUCAUGUUCUGAAGCAGCUUCCUAUAACCCCGUUCUACGUUGAAUAUCAAUUUCACGCAGUAAUUUGCCUAUGCUGGAAUACUUCAUCAUCUAGAGAGGAAGGAUUACUCCUCGCAGCUAAAAUAGCCAAAUCUUUUGAUAUUUGUGCAAGUGCUUGUCCAGCUAACUUUGAAGCAAAAUCGCUCAUUUUGGACGCUUGUCUCAGGACAGCACGUCCGAAUGAAUCAUCGCUAGUCUUGCUAGAUACGUUUGAAGAUGCUAUUGAGAUCGCCGGUCGGGAAAAUUCCUGGCUAGACUCAGCUAUUGCGAAUCACCUUUGUGCUUCUUGGUUAUUCAAAACUAACCAAAAGUUGAAAAGGAUUAAUCACUAUGCACAAAAUGCUUACUCAAUCUACUCCACUAUGAGAUUUUACGAUAUGGCAGAGAACAUCAAAAAAGAAUUUCCUUCUUCGUUUGACAACUUCAACUGGGCAGGGGUGGCGAAAAUAGAGCUGGAACCGAAACAUUUUUCGGAUUCACGACACAUUGCAAAUGUCGUUAAACUGCCUCUGCAGAGACAUGACGUAAUUCUAGACGAUAGCAAUCGACAAUCUAACACAACGUCUGGCAAAUGGUCAAAUGCCGUUAGAAACGAGGGAGCAACUUCUGACAAUGAUCAAGGAGCGAGCCAAAAUGAGUUAAGUAAAGCCAUUAAACUCAGUUUAGCGAUUUCAGAAUCCUCUAAUGCAGACUCCAUUUAUGCCAGUCUACUUGAAAGUGUACUUUUAAUUUCGGGGCUUGAUUAUGGUGCGAUCAUACUUAACAAUGAAGAACACGAGUCCCUGAUCCAAGCAAUUGCUACCUAUAAUAACCUUUACAAGAUAGAGAGUGAGCCUCUUAGCUCUAGAACAGAUCUAGUUCCUUAUACAUUCGUUGUACAUUGUUUGAUGAGAGGAGAGACUAUGAGUAAAGAACACAAUGCUGAGUAUUUUGAGCAUCAAUUUGGCUCAGAUGAGUAUUUUGUUCAUAAUCCAUGCUCAUCCGUGCUUUGCAUCCCGAUUAAGACCUCAAAUACUUUAGGUGUUCUUUACUUGGAAAAAAACAUAGGACAAAGAGGAUCAUCCAACAGUCAGCGCCUGUUAGCCUCUAGUACUAUUGAUUUACUUGAGUUACUCUGCGCUCAAGCAGCUGUAUCGUUGACUAAAGCCUUUAUUUAUUCGCAACUAGAAGCAGCUAAAAAGGCUGCCGAGGAUGCAACAGCUGAAAAAGGAAGCUUUUUAGCGAACAUGUCGCAUGAAAUUCGAACUCCUUUUAAUUCUUUAUUUGCUUGCUCGCUAUUCCUUCUCGAUACGGAACUAACGUCUACACAACAAGAGUAUGUUGAGACAAUCAAAAACUCAUCUUUGGUGACACUCAAUAUCAUCGACGGUAUAUUGGCUUUCAGUAAGAUUGAGCAUGGUUCUUUCACUUUGAAUAGUACUCCAUUUUCAAUCGUGGAAACCGUUGAGAGUGCAAUUCAAAUCUCGAGCGAGCAAGCCAGCAACAAUGGUUUAGAGUUGGUCUACUUCAAUCAGUGUCCGGAAAUUGACAGAGUUAUAGGAGAUCCAACAAGAGUGAGACAGAUCAUAAUUAAUUUGGUCGGAAAUGCCGUUAAAUUUACACUGGAGGGAUAUGUCAAAAUUUGCAUAAGUGCUGAUAAAGUUACUGAAAAUAGAUAUAUGCUUCAUAUCUCUGUUAAGGAUACUGGAAUAGGUAUACCAGAAGGCUUGAAGUCAAAAGUUUUUGGUGCCUUCUCGCAAGUGGAUGGAUCAUCACGACGUGUUCAUGGAGGUGCCGGGUUAGGUCUUGCCAUUUCGCUGAAAUUGGCCCACAUAAUGGACGGGAAAAUCUCGCUUGAUAGCAAAGAAGGAGUUGGGAGUACUUUUUGUUUUUCCUGUCCCUUUGAAGUGCCUAACAAAAAAACUCAAAAACCUUUCUAUCCUUUUAAAGUGACAAUAAUUUUGAAGGAGAAAUUGACUAGAGAAUCACUUCGGGAAUUUUUGGAAUAUUUUGGAACUACUGUAAUUAUCAAGGAGGAUGGCGAUUUAAGAAUCACGGAUGAACCAGACCUCCUCUUUGUGGGAAAGUCAAUUUUAGACGACACAGAAUUUGACACAAAGCUGAUAUCAUCACUGAAGACUAAGAUUGUCUUGGUUACCAGCUUUGGCCUGGUUUAUCAAACUGACGUAUUAGAACAAAUGCAAAUUGGAGGAGUCAUUUUUACACCUAUCAAAAGAACGAAAGUUGAAACAAUUCUUCGAAGCAUUUCUCUGGGAAAGAGCACGAGACAUUCAAAGCUGAUAGCCGAUUUACUCCCCAAUUCGACGCCCAAGAAGAAGGAGCUUUUAGGAGAAAUGUAUCCCUUGAGAAUAUUGCUUGCUGAAGAUAAUCCCGUGAACCUUAGAGUAGCUAGCCAGCACUUGAAAAAGUUGGGCUACAAAGCAGACCAUGCUAAAGAUGGCGUCGAGGUUUUAGAAAUUUGUGAAAGUUUGUUAUCUAAAGGAGAAAAGUAUGAUGUGAUUUUGAUGGAUAUACAGAUGCCCCGCAAAGACGGAAUUGUUGCGUCACUAAACUUGCGUGAAAGUUUAAGUACCCGUAAUCUGAUGGAGUAUAUGCCAAUGAUUGUUGCAUUGACGGCAAAUGUUGCAGGUGAAGAUAGAGAGCGAUGUCUAAUGUCUGGAAUGGUUGAUUUUAUAUCCAAACCCAUUCUUCCUGAGGAAUUACUGCGUGUUCUAAAGAAAGUGGCCCGACACGAGUAUGAUAAUUUUGCAGUGUCUCCAAAUUAA